AUGGACGGCUUCAGGACCGUGGAAGAGCCUCUGUAUCUCUCCGUCAAGGAGGAAAAUAUUGCACCGUUCACCCUUCCAGUGGAGGCCUUCACUUUUGAGCCCGAGCCAGACAUGGUUGUAAGUCAUUUUAAAAACGGCGACAGGGAGCGCAAGAUCUAUUGCAACAUAGAGCUCUCCGAAGAGGAGCAGAAAAGCGUCAAAGAUCUGCAGGAAGCAGCAAAGGCCCAGGGCCUUGAGUUUUUCCCUUCCAUUGCGAUUAUGGCAGGGCGCUUUUUGAGCAGAGCUCGAGGUGACGCUAACAAGGCAAUCAAGCUCAUGUUGGCGACGCAAGAGUGGAAGGCAGAAUACUUCAAGGAUGGGCCAGUUGCCGAUCACCAAGUGAUCGAAGACCUCAAGUAUGGCGUGGUAUACUUUUGCGGACGGGAUUAUGGCAUGAGGCCCACAAUUAUUUGCCGAGCAAACCGCAUCCCAGAUGAGUGGUACAAGGACAAGGCAGCUGGAAUUGAGCGGCUCAUCAAGGUGUUGAUCUUCUCCAUGGAAUACAUGGUCAGAUAUAUGGUUGUGCCUGGCAAGAUCGAGAACAACUGCUUGGUUGUGGAUCUCAAGGGUCUGGGAAUUUCUGGCGUUCCUAUAUCCGCCCUGUCCAAGAUUUACUCGGUCAUGAGUCAUCACUACAUUGGUCGGGUAUUCAGGUUUUAUGUUGUCAACAUGUCCAGCGGACUAAGCACCAUUGCUGGCUGGGUCAAGGGCCUGCUCACUGAUCGGCAGAAGCAGAAGCUGCAGCUGCUAGACAACCUAGAUGAUUUGAAGAAGGACUUCGCACACCACCAGCUUGAAGAGGAUCUUGGUGGUUCCAGGCCAAUGAUCAAGACAUUCUUCCCUUUCCCGCUCCAGGGUCCGCCCUUCGAGAAGGGCUCAACAGACAGUUGUACAGCAAAGCCGCUUGAGGGGACGCACAAGUUGCUGACGACCAUGGGAGCAAGGGGCCGAAUAUAUGACCCAUCGAAGACCAAGGAGGAGAAUGCAGCCUUGGAGUUCACUCCAGAGGCAUAUGAUUUCUUCAUCCAGAACAACCUCAGUGUGCCGCCAGACUGUCAGAGACAACAUGAGGCAGCUAAAAAAGCUGAAGAGGAAGCAAAGCGUCUAGCAGCCGAAAGUCCGAGUGGAAUCACAAACUCAGACACGAAGGCAAAUAACGAUGGAAGUUCCCCAGACAUGCUUCCUGCUGGUGCGCUGCCGGACGAGGAGGAGGAUGAUGAUGAGGAAGAAGAGGAGGAGGACAACCUGCAGGGCUUCGCAGGCGGAGCGGAUUUUGUUGACAGGAUGUGGCUGUGGGACAUUUGGAGCAACGUGCUGGAGUUGCGAGAGGCCACGAAAGAGGCCAGUUGUUUUGCCGAGCCCCAAAGUGACGUUGAGUCUUCCAUUGAUUCAGAUGAUGCAUGGGUCAUUGUUCCGAUCUUGGGAGCUUCACUUGCGCACAAUGCAGAUGUAGACAUUUUUGACAAGCUUCGCGAGUGGCUUCGUGGUCGGGAUUUCUCCCAUGCGCAGCAGCUGAUUGAUCCCACCUUGGAGGAAGUUGUUGUCAUCAGUCUCUUCCCACCUCCUUUCGUUCACCUUCAGCGGGUGGAAAUUGUGCAAGCGCUUCGACGCUUUGGGACGUGCAAUCUGGAGGUGGCCAGCGGAUUGGGCCUCGGCGUGAUUGCAGGCUGCUGCCAGAAGAACGACAACAACAGCGAGCUGAUUGUGGCACUUGGCUUUGUCAAGGACUUGGUCAAGCUGAUGGACAUACACAGAGCGGACAGCACGGUGCAGGAUAAUGCCUGUGUGGCAAUUUGGAGGUUGGCGGAGCGGCAGUCAUUCGCUGCAGAGAGAAUUGCACAGGUGGAUGGGCAGCAGAGAGUGCUUGCUGCCAUGAAGGAGCACCGACGAAACUCGUUCGUGCAGGUCAACGCCCUCCUGGCCUUGGAGAAGCUUGCGCUGAAAGGUGUUAUUGCAAUGGAUGACUUUGAUCAAGUGGCAGAUGAGGCCACAGGUACCAUGGGUCUUGUUUCUGUCAAGGUCGCCCUUGCCCAUUCUGCCUUUGACCAGAUUUCUGGCAGCCUGCAGCCUUUCGAGGAAGGGGUGGGGCCUGUCCUGCGUGCCGGCCCCUCCCCCUUCGAUGACAGUUGGCUGAGCCUCUGUGCCACUGGCUGCGGAGCCUGGAUCCUCAAGGGAAGCUUGGGCAUCGACGACUGUUUGAAAAGUGGCCUGGACAUCGAGCAGUCAGCCUUCGCAGACUUCAGGCACUUUGUGCAGGAUGCAAGGGUGGUGAUGUGUGGCUUGCGCGACGGUGACUUGCUUGAGGAAGAGGUGACGGUCGCAACCGUUGGGGAGCUACUGCGUGCCGCAGAAGAUUUGUUGAAGGAUGCGGUAGAUGUGGUUUGCGAGUGUAGGGAGCUGCAGAGCUUGCCAAAAGAUCUUGGCUUAUACGAGGCUGUCUCACGUUCAUAUCCAGCAAAACUUCAGGCCUAUGUUGCAGCGAAUGUCCAGCGUGCAAGGUGGCUGGAUGCCGUCUUUGAGCUUCAAAUAGAUUCAGCCAGGAGACUGGCUUACGAACAUCUGUGGAACUCCAUUAGCUCUGGUGAUCAUUCUAGCUACCUGGAGCAACUGGUCGACAUCAGAGUCCACUCACAGCGACAAAGUUCCAGCAGACAAGGCACAGAUGAUUCUCCGGAAUUGUUGAUCGUCCGAGAUCUUCAGGCAGAGCUUUUGGAGUCACUAGGGCCGAUGGGGCGUAGCCCACUGGAGGUCGCAAUCGACACAUCAAAUGCAGGUCUAUGCAAAAUUCUUGUCGAUUCUCGCGCAAAUCUGCAGAGCUCUCUUGACCGCGCGUUGGCCAAACUGGAAGACAGCCACGUCUCCGCUGAGAAAGCGGAGGAAGUGUGCAGAAUUUUGUAUGAUGGUGGCGUCACUGUGGAAGCUUGGCGAUCCCUGAGGCCAUGGGAGCAGUGUAUGCGAGCUGCUACCACUGGCUGCACCUGGCUUGUGGAGGACCUGCUGCGAAAGAACUCACUGAAGCUCGAAAACGUGCUCUGUCCAACGACGAAGUGGAAUUUAGCAUUGGAGGCUGCUAUCACAUCCAAUCGCUCACUCAUGAAGCUUGCUUUGGAUGGCAAGAUUGUGCUGGAAUGCGACCGAGAUGGCCGUAGCGUGCUGCACUAUGCAGCUUUGCAGGGCGACCAGCAGCUUCUGCUAACUAUCCUGGAGGCCCAGCCUCAAGGUAUUGAGCUGGAUGGCGCAGACGAACUCGGCCAAGCCCUCGGUGGCCAUGCUGGCAUUUGCACUUGGCUUUGCGCUCAACGAUGCGAUCCUGCAAAGCGAGAUAUUGAGGGAACAACUGCAUUUUUUCAAGCUAUUUGCAGUGGCGGGAGGGACAUUCCUCAAAACGUGCUCCCAUCCUUGUUCCGCGGUUCACCAUGCUUGGUGUCGCAAUUCUUCAAUGAUACUGCUGAUAACGCAGGGUUAACACUGUGGCAUGUUGCUGCUAUGAAUGAUGCUGUUCCUGCUCUGCAGUGGAUGGUGCAACAUGCAGAAGGCAACCUUCAGCUCAUGCUUUCUGAAAGCAAUGGUGACUCGCCAUUGCUUCGCGCAACGAAAGAAGGCAACGUUCAGGCGGCAUCCUUGCUGGUCAUGCUCAAUGCAGACCCCGGACUACUUGUUCCUGACUCACCCAGAGACUGGGCGACAGUUCUUCAGUUGCCGGAGUUGCAAAAUCUUUUCUGGAGCUGCCGAAAUGAGAUCAUCGAUGCAGCUUGGGCAGUGCGAUGGCACGCGCACACACUGUCCAUGCCUGACAACCCAGCACUGUCGGUGACGGCUGACUUGACAGAAGAGGCAACCAGCAGCUACAGCAGCUACAGCGCCGCUGAGCGGUUUCUGUGUCCAGACGCAGGCCAUGCGGAGCCGAUGGAGCCGGAUGCUCCCUCUGCCCCACCAGCGCAGGUCUGCGAGCAGUGCAGCAGCGUUCUGUUGCCUGAUUCGAACUUCUGCCGGCAAUGUGGAGCUCCCAAAAAGGGAACUUCUGCUGAGACGAUGAACCGUACGAAAUCUUUCGCUGAGGCCUCGGCGCAUGAGGUCCCGCAAGGCGGUGUAGUCCAUCUACAGGUAUUUGUGCAGCUGGGUGACUACUGGCUGCAAGCAUAUGGAGUUGUGACGCUGGUCCUUCAGAUUGCCAAAGCUGCAAAAUUUGAUUACCCACCAGGUUGGAAUUGGAUCGAGCUUUUCGUCCUUGUGCUUUUCUUUGUUGUCCUGCGCCUGCAGAGCGCUGCAGGCUGCUUUGCGAACAGGGCACGGAGCGCUGUCUCUGCUGGAUGCUUCCUGGCACUGACGGCCGUGCUGAUGCUGGUUGUGGGAUACUUUGGGGCUUUGCAGGUCUACGUGCUUCAAGUGGAAUUUGCAAUGGGCAUCAUUUCGCUGUCCCUUCUGGGUGGCCAGUUGUUGCUCGGCAUCUUUGCUGGUCAAAGAUACGCAAAGAGGCCUCGAGACUUGGUGAUAGUCUGUUCGUGUGCAGCUUUUGCAGCGAUUGCCCUGGUGCUCGCAGCCAUUCUGGACGCAAUAGCACAGACACUAGCUUCGGCGCAGAUGCAGCUCUCACUUGCGGCCGGGCUGAGCGUUGGGCUAUGCAGUUUGAUGUUAGCACUGGCUGCAGGAUGUUGCCUUCUUCGUGAGCUUUGA